AUGAAUAAGGACGAUUGCGAAAAAGGUCCCCAGGCGGGUCUCCAAGAGGAGGAAUCCCGCACACUCGCUUCGGCGGGUGGCAGCCCUACGUACUCUGGGGUGGGCAACAAUCGCCUCGUAGGUCGGCAGACUGUCGACCUUCGUGAACACGACCAUGGCACUACAAACUUGGACCUAGAUGAUACUGCUUCUGAUAAGGAUUUAGAUGAUACGGAGGAGGAGGCCUGCGACCCGAAGUCGUACGCCAGCACCAGCGACGUUGGCUUUGUUGUUAAGAUUGGAGCUAGCGGGAAAGGCCGCCGGAAAAGGAAAAUCCUCGCAUCUGGCCCUGGGACUGAGCAGGGACAUCCGCCGGCUAAAGUUACGACUGCUCGUCGGGGCAGAGCUAGUCGAGGGUCGGCUAUUACUCGAGCUAGAGCCGAACUAAAAAAGAUGGAGUAUGAGACUCGUGAAAGGGAGUUUGAGAAGGCUCUCCACGCUCGAGCCUACAAGAAAGCGGUGCCUAAACCAAUUCUCCAUUCGGAGAACUCAGAGGAGAUCGCAGAGAAUACCCAAAGGCUACGGGAGACGGCAGCAGAAGAAUGCAGACCUGACGACGCUCGUAAAACUGGAGAUGACAUUAUUGAAACUGUCCGCAAGGCAGCAAUUAAAGUGAUAGAGGAGACGGGGAAGUCAAAAAACCUGAACGGGCAAGUUCAUGGCCGUAUCAAGGCAGCAUGCCUUGAAAUAACUAAAGCUAUGGACGAGCUUGCAACCCGCGAGGAGAGCGACGAGUUGCGGGCAUUGAAGGCAGAUAAUAAGAGAAUGCGAGAACAGCUUGCGCACCUUCAGACUGAAACGAAAGCUCUACGCACGGCGUUCUCUGAAAGGAGAAACCCAACACAAGCAUCACCCCCCGGUGAACACCCAGAAGCGGUAAAAGAUAUUCUCAAGGAAUUCAAAGAGGAACUGAAAAAUGAAUUACUUAGAACGCUGGGCGAAAUAAUUAAUGUCCGUAUUGGAGAAAUUGCGAGCCGUCUUCCUCCAGGGCCAAUUCUCCGCCCACCCUUAGCGGCUGACAAGAAUAGGCCUUUUAGUGGUACCAGACAGCAUGAGGGUGUAGCGCCUGAGAUUAAUAGCACACCGCCUACACUAAACACAACACGUGUUGCAAAUGGUGACAAGGCAGCUCCCGCUGAAAAUAGGCAGACUUCUACAGGGGCCACUCUGAUGCCCCCGGCCAGGCCUGGCCCUGCGACUGUCCAGAAAUAUAAGAGGGUAACAGUUGAGCGGGAGUCCUCGAGGCCCAAUCAACCAUCGCCUCCGCCGCCGGCAGAAGAACAAUGGAACAACGUUACUGGUAAGAAGGCAAAGAGGAAGGCUAACAAACCUUCCCCACGUGCCUCAAAUAAGACCGCACCUAAGCCAACACCAGGACAAAAGAAAUUGGCAAUCCCAAAAACGGCCGCAGUAGUAGUAGCACUUAAGCCGGAAUCCAAGCUCACUUAUGCGGAUAUUAUGAGUAAGGCAACUACAUCGUUUCGCCUUGAGGAGCUAGGAUUAGAACAUGUCAGUAUACGAAAAACUGCGGACGGCGCUCGUAUUAUCGAGGUUCCGGGAGCCGACAGUGGCAGGACAGCUGACGCUCUGCGUGAUAAAAUGGAGCUUAUCAUCGGCGGGGAUGCUAGAGUAUACCGUCCCAUCAAAAUGGGGAAAAUACGUAUCUCUGGGCUAGAUGAGACGGUCACUACUGAGGAAGUGGGAAAAGUCGUUGCGGAGAAAGGCAACUGUUUAGUUGAGCAAGUCAAAGUGGGAGAUAUCAAGAUGGGGCCCCUGGGCACUGGUGCUACACUGGUUCAAUGCCCAAUAACGGCAGUUAAUACAUUAAUUGCUGCUCGCCGCCUGCUAGUGGGAUGGUCAGCUGCUCAGGUCCGGGCGCUUGCACCGGAGCCCCUGCGGUGUUACAAAUGUAUGGGCACCGGGCAUACUCGUGCACUAUGCCCAUCACUAGUGGACAGGGGUGACCUAUGCUAUAGGUGCAGUAAGCCUGGCCACCAGAUGAAAAACUGCACGGCCACUCCGUUUUGCGCUGUAUGCCACCAUGCUAAGCGUUCUGCUGAACAUACUAUGGGGGGACAUACUUGCAACCCUCCGAAGAUUAGAGGAGUCGAUGUCGCUGCUAGGACCCCAGCGGCCAAUAAAGAGGGCAUAAACGACGCGGAUAAUAUCAUGGAAACGUAA